AUGAGUGAUAUGUACACAGGAAAAGCUGGUUCAGAAGAUGAAGAUAGCGAUCCUCCUCGUUCUGCUUGUCGCCCUGGUCGCCGUGCAAACGUCGAGUCGUGGCGUCGUCGCUUCUUUAGACGGUUUAGACGAUUCGUCAGACUUGUGACGAAACCUAUCAAGGUAUGGAGAAAUGGAAAGUGGAUUUGGAAAACUGUUACUGGGAAACGCGGGGUCAGCGAACUCGAUCUCAAUAACGAUGGUCACGUGGACUUGGAAGAACUCACUAAGAUGAUUGGAGAGCGGGACGCACGUGACCUAAUGGAGACCUUGUCGGGUUCUUCUAAUAGCGUUCCAAUAGAGGAGUUCGAAAGAAAUCUUCGUGAUCUGACCGAACGUAAGUAUUAA